AAACGUUUAUAAAUAAAUGUAACAUGAAAUGAUCGUGUGAAUGUAGUUAAAAUAUUUUGUGAACAUUGUGAUCAAAUAAUUGGAUAUGGCAUCACUAGUCCCGAAUUUCCUUUUCUCCGACGCACCACCCAAUAAAGCUAUCACUUCUGCUUUCCUUCCCCGCCCCAAAGCUCCACUCACGCAUCCUUCCCCACCCCCACUAACCCUCCCAUCCCCUCCCAUCCUUUCGCAGUAAACUACUAUGAAGUGCUUGCUAUGGUUACCCUUGUUUCCAUCUCUCAUUCUAAUGCCCCUCCUUUUCGCAUCACCCAAUUCAGAACCUGUCCAAUCUUUCCAUCCAAACUCAUCCCCGCCGGCCACCACCAUCCCCGCAUUCCCUGAACAAUCAGACGCCACCGGAUGCCCUUUAGACCUCCCCAACGACCUCUUCACAAGUGUCAAAUCUGCCUGUACUGGGAAACAUGUCUCGGGUAAGCUUAGACGGUCAAGGUGCUGCCCAGUCCUCGCGGCGUGGCUCUACUCUGCCUACUCUGCAACCGCACUGAGCAAAGCUGUCAAAGAACCACUCCAAACGGCGUCGUACUAUGAUCUCCCUCUCCUUCCUAACGACUCGGAAACGUGCAUCGAUAACCUUGAAAAUGGACUGAAGAGCAAAGGGAUAGAAUUGAUGAGGUCGAACGAAUCGUGCGACGUUGUCUACUGUGAAUGCGGCAUCAGAUUGCAUCCUUUGAGCUGUACGGAAGCGUUUUCGGUUAAUCCAAGGGGAGAGUUGGUUGGCAAUCACAACGUAAAGAUGUUAGAGAAGGAUUGCUUGAAUAAUCCGGCCGUUAAUGGAUUCUCUGGUCUCGAUGGCUGCUCCAGAUGCUUGAAAACCCUUCUCCUGCUUAACAAGAGUAAUCACGUAAAUGGAAGCAAAUCAGAGGAGAGAACAAGUAAAAUACACAAUGAAGAUUGUGAGGUGAUGGGUUUAACGUGGCUUCUUGCUAAGAACAGUUCCUGA